AACUAGUCUUUGGCUUAUGCUUAACAACAAACCCUGUGUUUCUCUGUCAGGGGUUUGCUCUUCGAAUUUCCAAAGAUGCCUAAGAGAAUGUCAAGAAAGAAAGGCAAACGUGGCUCCGAUUCUGAAAGGAUUGAUAAUCAGACAAAUCAAGAGCAAUCAGAGGAUGUUUGGUCCAGGCCAAACUGGCCACCACGCCUGGAGAAAGUAUUCGUUGAAUUGCUGAUUGAGGAAAUGAAAUACCAUCUGGACGUGUGUGCCACUGGCUUUAAUGAGGAGGCAUGGGACCAUGUGUGCAAAGAAUUUAAUCAGGAGACAAGUCUAAAUUACGAUAAGAUGGAACUGAAAAAACAUCUAGCUGUUUUAAGAAAGCGGUAUCGCAUUGUAAAACCUUUGUAUAACCAUGGAGGCUUUGGUUGGGAUUAUCGUCGGAAGAUGGUGGAUGUUGAUGAUCUAGUGUGGAAAGAAUAUAUUGAGGUGCAUCCUGAGAUUGAGCCGUACAGGAAAUGGGGGUGUCCAAUUUAUGAAGAGCUAUGCACAAUAUUUACAAAGCCAAAGGCCACUGGAGAGUUUGCCAUUGCAAUUGGUGGAUACAGCAGGUCUGGCAGCAACAAUCUUGCACACCCAAGGGGGAAUGUCAAUGCCAACAUUUCAAAUGGACGCAAUAAGCGCCAGUCAGCACAACCUGUGGGCUCAGGUCCCAACAAGAAACAUGACAAAGGAACUGAGAAUUCAAAGGAGAUUAAUUCUGUCUCGAAAUCAAAUGGAACUGCAGCACCUCAAUCUGAUGACCAGACUCUGCUAGUCAUUGUAUUGCUAUAAUAAAUGGGAUGCAAGGUGUUGAUCGCCGUACUUAUAAUGCUGCUCUGGAUUUGUUUCAGAACUCAACCUGGAGAAAAACAUUCAUAUCAUUAAAAAGUGAGAAGAGGUUGAACUGGUUGAAGGCCAUGCUUCCUAGUGUUUAAUUUGCAUGGGCUAAUAGGCAAGGAAGUCAAGCAGACGUAAUAACGUCACCUUUAGGUUCUGUUUACUUUUGGACAAUGAGACCCAGAAAAUGAUCUCUGUAUAAAUAACAUGAAUUUCAGUACUAUUUUCGUGGGACAUAUGUGGUGGACAUCUUAUGUAAAUUGAAUGA